AUGGCGAUUACACUCGACCGUCCCUUUGGCGUCCAUCUCUGGCCACACUUCAGCAAGGGCUUCACGGCUCUUACCGGCAAGUCGACGUCGGAUUUCGAGCUCGUCCCUGGAGUGACGCCUAUGACCACACUGCAGGGCACUGUAGCCUCGCUCCUGAGCUACUACGUCGUGGUCCUUGGAGGGCGACAACUCAUGAAGAACAGGGAUGCCUUCAAACUGCAGACCCCCUUCAUCAUCCACAACUUCAUCCUGACCGCAAUCAGCGGCGUGCUCCUCGCGCUCUUCAUCGAGCAGAUCCUCCCAACGCUCUUCCAAGACGGAGUUCUUGUCGCGAUUUGCGACGCACGAGGCGGCUGGACCGAUGAACUCGUCCUCCUCUACUACCUAAACUACCUAACAAAAUACCUCGAACUGGCAGACACGGUGUUCCUCGUUCUGAAGAAGAAACCGCUUACAUUCCUGCACACAUACCACCACGGCGCAACAGCGCUGCUGUGCUACGUCGAGCUGGUCGGCCGCACGUCCGUCAGCUGGGUGCCCAUCACGCUCAACCUGACCGUCCACGUCGUGAUGUACUGGUACUACUUCCAGAGCGCGCGCGGGAUCCGCAUCUGGUGGAAGCGCUACAUCACCAUUCUGCAGAUCGCGCAGUUUGUGAUCGACAUUGGAUUCAUCUACUUCGCGUCCUACACGUACUUCGCAUCAACGUACUUCCCCUGGGCGCCAAACGCAGGAAACUGCAUGGGCGAGGAGUACGCAGCCGGAUGCGGCGUGUUCAUUAUCAGCUCGUACCUGCUGCUGUUUAUCUCGUUCUACCUGACGACGUACAAGACGCAGGCGCCGAGGCUGUAUAGUCAGGCCUCGAGGGCGCUGGGGCAGAAGAAGGAGAAGGGUCUGUGA